GCCCCCCCCAUGUUGACGGGUACGCAUCCUGGCCACUGGGGCGAGUGUGGCUGCAUCAGCCUCUCUGGAUACAGGGAUGAGCUGUGUUUCUCUGGGUUAGGCAGGCAGCCCACCCAGCCUGUCCUUCCCUACACGGCAGUAAAGCAGAUGGCUGGCGGGAUCACCUGUUCCCGCUGCCCCCUGGCUGGAGCCUGGGAUCCUGAACCUGGGAAACCGAACCCUCCCUGGGGGUGUUGGUGGGGCAUAACCACUGCUGCCUGGGAGGGCAGUGAGCAUGGAGCAGGGAUGUGGUGGAGGCGGUGGGCCGUCCCCUGACACGCACUCCAGCCCAGGACCAUCACACUGCACAUUACCCCACCUCAGGCCGCAGCUUUGUGGGAGGGUUCUGGGCCUUGAGCCCCGUCCAAAGUCUGGCCCACUGGCCCCCCAUGCCUGAGGCCCCCUCACAGAGCAGAUCAAUGGCGUCCUCUGCACCUGGUAUGUCUUUUGGUCUCAUUCUGACCAGACCAGGCUCUUAUUACCCUGCCUCCUGGGUCAGAAGGUCAGACACAGGGUCAUGGGACGUUUUCAUCCAGUCUUAAAGCAGAUGCUCCUGGGGCCCCAGACCCCAGGGAAGGGUUUGGAAGGGCAGAUUCUGGCGGUCCCUGUGUUUGAUCUCCCUUCCCCCUCCUUCCGGGUCCUGAAUCCAAGCUGGGAGGGUCUGUGAGGCUGCUUUGAUCCCCUGAGCCCAGUGCCUGGAGGGAGGAGGGCCUCCGGUUACAGUGUCCCCUCCCCUCCCCUCCCCACUCUGACCAGAGCCAGCCCUUCUCCGCCCCUCAGUAACCCUGGUGGCCAGUGUCUCCUUGCUCCUGGGCCUCAGCCCCUCCCCCACCACGCCCCCUGCCCUCUGUUAACCACAGAGGGCCAGGCUGUGAAGGGGUCUUGCCAGAGCUCAGAUCUGGAAUCCACCCAGUCCUUUGCACAGGGGUGUUGAGAGGGAGCAUCUGCUGUGGGCUCAGACCUUGGGGGCCAACGGGGAGCCCAGAGGAUCGGUCAGGGGCCCAAGGUCAGGGUGCUGACCACAGGCCUGGAAGGGUGGAUGCCUAAAGGGAUCGGCGCAAAGCAGGGCCUGAAGGGCUGGCAGCCACACGCCCCCGCCCUGUGGGCCGGUGGUCCCCAUGUCAGCCCAGAGGCUGCUUCUACCGCUACUCCUCAUGGUUGGGCUGACCUCGGGGGCCAGCCUGCUGCAGGGGCCCAGAAGCCACUCAGGCGUGUGCCCCAACCAGCUCAGCCCCAACCUGUGGGUGGACGCCCAGAGUACCUGUGAGCGCGAGUGCGUCGGGGACCAGGACUGCCUGGCCACUGAGAAGUGCUGCACCAACGUGUGUGGGCUGCAGAGCUGUGUGGCUGCCCGAUUCCCUGAGGGUGGCCUGGCCACACCUGCACUGGUGGCUUCGUGCGAGGGCUUCUCAUGCCCACAGCAGGGCUCAGACUGCGACAUCUGGGACGGGCAGCCUGUGUGCCGCUGCCGUGACCGUUGUGAGAAGGAACCCAGCUUCACCUGUGCCUCAGAUGGCCUCACCUACUAUAAUCGCUGCUACAUGGAUGCAGAGGCCUGCCUGCGUGGUCUCCGCCUGCACGUCGUGCCCUGCAAACACAUUCUCACCUGGCCACCCAGCAGCCCAGGGCCACCUGAGACCACUGCCCGCCCGACACCCGGGGACACCCCAGUGCCACCUGCCCUCUACAGCAGCCCUUCCCCACAGGUGGUGUAUGUGGGGGGCACCGCCAGCCUCCACUGCGAUGUCAGUGGCCGCCCGCCACCCGCUGUGACCUGGGAGAAGCAGAGUGAGCAGCGGGAGAACCUAAUCAUGCGGCCAGACCAGAUGUAUGGCAAUGUGGUGGUCACCAGCAUUGGGCAGCUGGUGCUUUACAAUGCCCGGCCUGAGGAUGCCGGCCUCUAUACCUGCACUGCACGCAACACUGCUGGCCUGCUGCGGGCUGACUUCCCACUCUCUGUGGUCCAGCGGGAUCCAGCCAGGGACAGGGCCCCCAGCGCCCCUGCGGAGUGCCUGCCCCAAGCGCAGGCCUGUGCCAGCCCCCUCUCCAGCCAUGUCCUCUGGCACUUUGACCCACAGCGGGGUGGUUGCAUGACCUUCCAAGUUGGCAGCUGCGAUGGAGGCACCCAGGGCUUUGAGACCUAUGAGGAGUGCCAGCAAGCCUGUGCCCGCGGACCAGGGGAUAACUGUGUGCUGCCAGCCGUGCAGGGCCCCUGCCAAGGCUGGGAGCCACGCUGGGCCUAUAGCCCACUGCUACAGCAGUGCCACCCCUUCGUGUAUGGUGGCUGUGAAGGCAACAGCAACAACUUCGAGAGCCAAGAGAGCUGUGAAGAUGCCUGCCCUGUGCCGCGCAUGCCACCCUGCCGGGCCUGCCGCCUCAGGAGCAAGCUGGCGCUGAGCUUGUGCCGCAGUGACUUUGCUAUUGUAGGGCGACUCACAGAAGUGCUAGAGGAGUCGGAGGCUGGCGGCGGCAGCAUUGCCCGCGUGGCCCUAGACGAUGUGCUCAAGGAUGACAAGAUGGGCCUCAGGUUCUUGGGCACCAAGUACCUGGAGGUGACGCUGAGUGGCAUGGACUGGGCUUGCCCCUGCCCCAAUGUGACAGCAGGUGAUGGCCCACUGGUCAUUAUGGGUGAAGUACGAGACGGUGUGGCUGUCCUGGAUGCUGGCAGCUAUGUCCGUAUCGCCAGCGAGAAGCGCAUCAAGAAGAUCUCAGAGCUGCUGGAGAAGAGGGCCUGCGAGCUGCUCAACCGCUUCCAGGACUAGCCCCACCUACCUAGAGCACUGCCUGCCCCUGUCCUCCAGUCCUCCCAGUCCCCGCCCCCCAAUAAAAGCAUUUCCCAGGAGGGA